AUGUUGCUUGAUCUGGACAACCCACUGCCAAGGACUAUUCUCAUGACUUCCGCGAUGGUCCGGGUAAAGUAUCGCUACCUCAUAUCGAUCGUGUCAGUGGGGGUUUCAAGCGGUGCCUCGCGGGGUGUCUCCCACCGACCUGCUUACCCUGGCUGCCUCGCCCUCUCCUCUCCCUCGUCAUCUGUUAACUCCUCUUCCUCCUCCAGCGGUGAUGCAAUAAUUUAUCGGGCCAUUAGACGUUCCAUGCAGACGGUUCACGGUACCUUCGGGGUGGGUCGCUUGAUGGCGCGAUUUCGCAUCAUCUACUGGAAUCCAUCCUCAGGCCUACUCAUCAUUAGGGCUCUUCGCGGCCUCCCGGCUGAGCAAUUGACUUCCGCUCUCACUCUUAUUACCUCAGUAUACGACGGAGCAGUUGAGCGGCCGGCCGUGAUCGACGUAAUUCAUCGAAGCGGUACGGUUCGCUGCUGUCAGAAGUUCAUUGUUGACUACUACAAGACCCAAUUGUCAGGCUGCAUUUCGGGGGUGCAGGAGACGGCCAUUGCGCGAGCUGUCGCACAACGAAUGAUCGACGCAAAACCUCCGGAUUUGACUUUCGACUUUAAGUAA